AUGUCCGCACCAAUCAAGAGCCGCAAAUGGUAUCAGAUCCGAUGGUUCCAGGACUACGAUACGCCAGAGGAACGUAAGCUAAUCGCAAAGCUUGAUUUUCUCAUUGUGCCUUAUGUUUUUCUGGCAUAUUGGGUGAAGUACAUUGAUCAAGCAAACAUCAACAAUGCCUACGUCGCCGGCCUCAAGGAAGAUCUUGGAUUUGAAGGGAAUCAGCUGGUGCGACUGCAGACGAUGUACGUGGUUGGCUCAGUAGUAGGCCAGCUGCCGUUCAUGUAUCUGUUUACACGUGUUCCUAUGUUCUACCUUAUACCAUUCCUCGACGUAGCCUGGGGUAUCUUUACGCUACUUCAGUACCGGGUUCACUCAUUUGCAGAGCUGGCAGCAUACAGAUUCUUGGUGGGUCUGUUCGAAGCGGCAUUUUUCCCAGCGAUUCAUUACAUAUUCGGAUCGUGGUACCGAGGUGAUGAGAUUGGUCGCCGCGGUGGCUUCUUUUACGUUGGUCUUACUCUGGGCACCCUGACCGCUGCAUUAAUCCAGUCUGGUGCAACCUCGCGUCUAGAUGGCGUCCACGGUCUUGCUGGAUGGCGAUGGAUGUACAUCAUAUGUGCCAUCAUCACCAUUCCGAUUGGCUUGCUCGGACUCUGCGUUCUUCCUGGGACUCCGGACAAGCCGAACAAACUUGUCCUAACUGAUCACGAUGUUGAGGUUGCCAAAAGCCGUCUUUUGAAGGCUGGCCACAGCGUGAAAGGCGAUGUAACCGUUAAUACGUUUGUCAAGAUUGCCAAGUCCCCGCUGGUAUGGGCCUUUCUGCUCCUUGACAUCUUUUUCUGGAACGGGUGCAUCAACACAUCCUCUGGUGGCUACUUGCUAUGGUUGAAGAGCUUGAAUCGAUACUCCAAAUCUCGCAUCAACGAAUUGGGUGCCAUUUCUCCAGCAUUAGGAAUCUUCUACACACUUUUUGUGUGUUUCGCCUCCGACCUCGUACUAGGACCUGCGUGGGCUAUCACAGUCUCUCACAGUUGGAACAUCAUCGGUCUUAUAAUUCUCACUAUCUGGAACGUUCCGGAACCCGCAAUCUGGUUUGCAUUCAUGACCACGUAUUCUGCUGUGGCAAUGUCGAGCGUGCUGUAUGGGUGGAUCAACAGCCAACUCAAGUACUCCCCAGCAGAACGAGCGGUCGCACUCGUACUUGCCAAUACUCUGGCGCAGUCGACUACUGCAUGGACGCCGCUGUUGGUCUUCAAGACAGUUGAAGGUCCCAGGUUCCCCAAAGGAUGGGCCUUCGUACUCGCCAACGCAGUGUGCUUGAUCAUUCUUGCACACAUUAUCAAAGCUUACAUCAAAAGGAAAGCAAGGUACGUCAGGGCUCUAACAGGAACCUGUUGUAUACUAAUUCUGAUACUAGAACUCACGAGUCGGUCUCGGAAAAUGACAGUACAAGCUCAAUCCAUGAAACCCUCGACCCCUAUAAACCGAAAAGUCUCCCAGUCACUCAAGGACCAGCUUAGUAAACCCGACUGGCAGCGUGUAUUAUGCCAUAGACAUUAUGUAAUGCGGUAUUCGUCAGUGUCAAAUAGUAGUACAGCCUGA